AUGAUGACCUUGGUUUCUCUUGCCCGCUUCAUCCCUCUCUUUGUAUUCGGGAUUUUACCCACCUACUUCGCGUAUGCCGAAUCGUGCUCAAGCAAUAUCACACCUGUCUUCCCCUCACUCUCCGAGUGCGCCCAAGACCUUCGUACUGCACUUGGCUACCCACUUGUAGGCUCUUGUGAUCCAGAAUCUGCACACGUUUUUGAGUCUUCCCCCAACUCCACUAACACAGUGCUUGCUACCCAAGGCAUAAAACCGGAAUACCCUGUCCUUCCUGAUGGAUUGGCAAACUGCAUCAAUUCCUUCGAGCAGUACUCAUUCCUCGCAAAAAAUAUCAUCCAGCGAAGGCAUGCGCAACAUGCCAAGCAGAGCCCAACACAGAAGUUGAUCAGCAGCAAGCUUGGCUAUCCUAUGCAUUUUGACAAAGCCAACAAGGGAAUCAUGGUGAACGCUCAAUUUGCCGAAUACGUCGCACAGGUGGGAAGACAACUUUACGAUACUGGUAUGCAAGACUUAGAGGAUAAUGAAGAGGCCGAUUUUGGACUUGUCAAUCUAGCCUUUGGACACCUUAUGCGAGACUGGAGUUCCCUUGGUAUACAAGAGAGGCAGGUCGUAUUUCCGCCCAUCAUGGCAGGGCUUGAGGAGCAUUUUGGUGUCAAGAGCAUGGGAAAAAAGGUGCUUGUGCCUGGGAGUGGUAUGGGCCGGCUAGCAAGUGAUAUUGCAGAUCUAGGUUACGACGUCACGGCUAACGAUAUGGACUACGGCUCUAUAUUGGUCUAUCACGUGUUGACAAACUAUACCACCUCGCUGAAUCAGUACACUUUGCAGCCCUUUGUUACUACAUGGGCGCAUCAGCCCAACCCUUCGUCGCGCUACUCUGCUAUAACAGUGCCGGACCACAUGCCAAACCAGGCCGUCAAGCUUGUCGAGGGCGACUUUCUAGACGUGUUUCCCGAAGACGCUCAGUUCGACGCCAUUGUCACUUUGUUCUUCAUAGACAUGUCAGAUAAUGUGAUUGACUUCUUGAGCAACAUCCAUCGCCUCCUAAAACCUGGUGGAGUAUGGAUCAACCUUGGACCGCUAAAAUGGCACUCCUUCUCGGAGCUCCAUCUGUCUGCAGAAGAAGUACUCAAGUUAGCAGACCUCCUUGGAUUUGAUGUUGACAUUUCGUCGAGGAAGAGUAUCCAUAGUGCUUACGGUGAGCAGCCAGACUCUCUACUCAAAUUUACUUAUGUUACUCAAUUCUGGAAAGCGACUAAGAGGGAGUAA